AGAGAAUGCAGCCAGGAUGAAAUAAAGCAAGGAAACAUUAAUAGGACCUGAAAGAUAGUUAUUAGCCACGCAUCCAUCUCAACAUCAUGGGACGGAAUGGGCGGCGCUGAGAGUUCAAACAAAACAAUGUUUCAAGUUUCCAAACAUAGUUCGUCACCUCACUUAGAGAAAGAUCAAAUGCUGGAGGGAAAGAGUCCUGAGUCAAGCUGCAAAAAUAAUUUAGGCGACGAGGAAUGCGAAUGUCCCCAUGAUGAACGUCUGUCCAAGUUUGCGCACUUCAAGCAAGUCGUCAACGGCAUUCGGCGAAAAGGUGGAAAGAGAGGAUUGGACACGAAAUCGGAUCUUGGGUCGUCUACAGACCAUGAAAGUAGAGAUGCCAGUUUACAUUUUGGAGUACGAGUGGAGGGAAUUGAAGAGCUGAUGGCAAAUACAAAAUUCACCAGACAGGAAUUACAAAGGAUGUACAGAGGGUUUAAAAAUGAAUGUCCCAAUGGCACAGUUGACAGAGAUACAUUUAAGAAAAUUUAUGCCCAGUUUUUCCCAUAUGGAGAUUCAAGUCUUUAUGCAAACCAUGUCUUCAAUGUGUUUGACCAUGAUAGGGAUGGAAAAGUCUCUUUUGAGGACUUUGUUACUGGCCUGUCAUUGUCACUUUAUGGCAGUAGGGAGGAAAAAAUGAGAUGGGCAUUCCAGUUGUAUGAUCUCGAUGGUGAUGGGUUCAUAACAAGAGAGGAAAUGGCUACUGUGGUUCAUUCAGUGCACUGUAUGAUGGGUAUUGACGCACUGCCUACAGGUGCUGAGAUGGGUGUUGAUGAACAAGUGGAGAGACUAUUUAUGCUAAUGGACAAGAAUCAAGAUGGUGUUAUAUCAGAAGAGGAAUUUUUACAAGGUUGUGAAAAGGAUGAGUCAAUAAAGCAAAGUCUGGCAAUGUUUGACUCUGUUAGGUGAACAGAAUACAAAGACAAGAAAAUAACCGGCAAUGACAAAUUGAUGUUAAUUUAUUAUUAAUUAAUACUAAUGCUUCAUUAAUUAUAAAGAAAGUAUUGUGCUAUUUAUGGCUAUCAAAGGAAUUGCUCAGGAAUUUUGAUAUGAAAUUGAAGAUGUUCUAAUCAAUCACUAAUAAUUUAAGGUUGUCAUUAUAAUAAUGAGUGUUGUUGCUUGUUUUUCUUCCAAGCACCAGGAGUUAUCAAUAUAAGAUAUUACAAUAUUCUUUUAUGUAAAUGAAACACUACACUGUUAAAAAGAGGGUAUGUUAGAUGAAAAGGUUAAUGUAGCCAAACCCUUGGAGUUUAACUUUCCUCGGAUUAAUUGUAGAAUUUUAUGUGGUACCACAAUCUGGUACCAUGACAAAAAUUUUUAAAACAUGGCAAAGUGUUUUUAAAAUCCAAAUUAGUAAUAAAUUACGAGAAAGCAAAAGCUUUGGAUCACUUAAGAAGGCAAUUAGGACUUCAUUUAUCAUGAACCAUCAUCAUGAGGACAUGAUGUAUAAUUUAGAUUCCACAGGGUAUGCCAAUUCAAUAAGCUCUGUGAGUAGUGGCUCUCACAGGUGUAAUAUAACAGUAGUCAAUUGAUCUACUGUGGUGGGACCCAUCACUUUUUUAAUGAUGAAGAACAAAUUUUCUUGUUAGUUGAUAUAGAAACUCAGAUAGCUAUAAUCAAAUUUAUUUAUUAUGGUUAUAAUCCAUAUUUAAUGUCAAGUCUUAUGAACCGAUUUAGAUAUACAGCAACAUUAUUCUGAGGUGAGGUAUUGCAACUCAGUAAGGAUGCUAGCAUUUUGAAUUGUAUUAUUUACCUAAUAUUAAAUGUUUUACGAGGCAGUGUGCCUAUUUAUGCAGUAUCUAUAUUUAGUAUUGCAAAUAUUAUUAUGUACAUGCUGAUGUUACUGAUAAACGUGGAUUAAACGAUCUUCCACACAG